CCGCUACUAUCAUCUGUCCUCAGUUCUUUAGAACACGCAAAUAUGUUCAGACAUCCAUCUCUUUUGUGGCUCUUUUAAAUUAAAUUUAAUAUCUUCGAAAAAAUUCAAUUAAAAAAUGUCAAUUAAUUGGAAAAAACAAUUAAUAAUUAAAAAAUUAUACAAUUAAUAAUAAAUUAAUAAUUUUAAUUUACCAAAAUGAUUAAUCGAUAUUAAAUAUUGAAUAAUUGGAAAUUAAUACAAUUUUAAUUAAAUGUUCGUGUUCUGUAUUUGGUGCUAAAUUCACUCAAGUAGAUAAAAAAAUGUCAAAGGUCGCAGUUGCAGUUCAGACAAGAAAGAAGGGCAAUGAAACUUUUCCCAUAAAUCUAAAAAUAUACGAAAUUACGGGCAAUAUUUAAUAUUGAGCUGCACUUAAUGAACGGAAAUAAUGAGAAAUUACAAUCAAAUUUGGAGUCAAGUGGGGAAAAAAAAUUGGAGAACAAUGAGGAGGAGAAAAAUUCGAAUAAUGAAGUCGUCGUGGAUCAAAAAUCGACAGUGUUGAUAGAACCGAAUAAUAAUAAUCCGGAGACGGAGACGAAAAUUAAUGACGAAUUAUUAGAAGCAAAAGAAGACGCAGUGAAUACAUUCAUUCCUCCGACACUUGAACAACGAUUUUUACGAAUUAAACAAAUAGUGAAGGACGCAAUAGUUGCUCAUCAUACAUUUAUGGUUUAUGGAAGAUCUCGAGUUGUACGAGAAUGUUUAUUGAAAAGAGGCUGGUGUGAGAAAUUCAACCGAAAACCCAAUAGUGCGGAACAAUUUUUAAAUGUGGAUUCAAGUCCAGUUGCUCUCCUAUCGGGAAUUGGAGAUCUCAAGGAUCAACAAAGUGAAAAACAAUUAAUUUCCAAGAUGCUCAGCAAUCAUCCCGUGGACUUUUUAUGGAAUGCAGGUUCAGAAUGGCCAUGCUGGCCGUCGCAGGAUAAUAAGACGACAAUUUUUAACCGAUAUUCCAGAGCUGGUUUCACGUCCAAGGUGGGCCUGUGUUCGAAUGUUAGGCAAAUGCAUUGGUAUUAUGAAGCAGGUGUGGCGAAUACACUUUUUCCACGAUGCUAUAACUUGUGCCAAAGCGAUCAAAUGCACGCUUUCAUUGAAGAUUUCCGAUUGACAGCGUGUUUUGGAUUGCUGAAAUGGUUGGUUGAUAAAAUCAACGCCGAGGGUGAAAAUUCCGCGAGGUCACCAACAGGCACGAUACCUUUGAAAGCGUUAGAUUUCGCUAUAAGAAGAUGUAGCGAUUAUAUCGGCGCUCAAUCACAUGAGGAUAUUGAUCAAGAAUCCGAGAGGGUAUGGUCACAUCAAUGGGACCAAUUUAUCUGCUGGUAUUACAAAAUUAUUCAAAAUCAAGCUCUCUUUGUUCGCAACAAUGUCCCCUUUCAAAAAUAUUUCCUCGCCUCUCGACACAUUUUGAAAAAGGCGAAAAAAUAUUGGCCUCAAUUGGACUUGGACGGCACUCUAAAUAUUUGGAUUUUGAAACCGGGUUAUAAAAGUCGUGGACGAGGAAUUGUAUUGAUGAAUAAAUUAGAGGACGUCUUGGUAAAAGUCAAUCCAGCAAAUAAAACCGAUACUCGUUUCGUUGUUCAAAAGUAUAUCGAGAGACCACUUUUAAUUCACGAUACAAAAUUCGAUAUUCGGCAAUGGUUCAUGAUAACGUGUGCUCAACCCUUAACUUUAUGGAUGUACAAAGAAAGUUACCUGCGAUUUUGUUCUCAAAAAUUUACACUAUCUGAUUUCCACGAAUCAAUUCAUCUCUGCAAUCAUGCAGUGCAAUGUAAAUAUACAAAUUGCAAUGACAGGGAUCCUUCACUGCCAAAUGACAAUAUGUGGGACGUGGCGACUUUUAAGGAAUUUCUAAAAAGCAAAGGUCACAGUGAAGCUUGGGACGAAUUGAUAUAUCCGGGAAUGAAACAGGGUUUGGUGGGCUCGCUUUUGGCCAGCCAAGAGGCGAUGGAUAGGAGAAGAAAUAGUUUUGAACUCUAUGGCGCUGAUUUUAUGGUAAUGGACGAUUUUUCCGUUUGGUUGAUUGAAAUUAACAGUCAUCCGGACAUGAGUUCUUCCAGUGCUGUUACUACUAGACUGUGUCGACAAGUAAUGGAAGAUGUUAUAAAAGUUGUCAUUGAUUUUCGAGAAGACAAAAAUGCGGAAACGGGACAAUUUGAAUUAUCCUACAAGCAACGAAUGCCAAGUUGUCAACCUUAUUUAGGAGCUGCUUUAUCUUUACACGGAACGAAAAUCACGCCGUACGAUAGAAAACCCGGUUCUUCGCCUCAUGAUUCAAAAUCCCACAUGUCGAAAUCACCGAUGGUGAGUUUAUCGCAGAAGAAAUCGAACGUUCAGAGCCAUAUUGGUCCGAUUAUUAUUGAUCUCAUCGAGGAAUUAGAAAUCCAACUGGAUCAAGAAUUCUCCUCUUAUUAUAAAGAAGAAUCUCAAAAGGAUACACUGCCAAUACUUGAGGUUCCUCAAAAAUUAUCUGAACCUGCGCUUACGGAAACAAGUGCAAAGAAACUUCGUCCUAUUGCAACUGCUGACAAUCAAAUUAAAAUUAGAACACCGAUUUCCCAGACGAAUUCAUCGAAAAGUCGAACACAAUAUAAAAAUCCGAUACAAAUUUCUAAAUCUGCCUCGCCCAGUAAGUGUUCAAAAUUAUCAUCGAAAAACAGGAGUAAUGACGAAAAGAUAAUUCGUUCGGCGGUGAAAAAAGCAAUGAAAAAAUAUAAAAGGAACAUUUUACAACCGGAAGUGCCUCAAUUGCCAUCUCUCGUGUCUCCUUUGCCCUCAAAAAGAAAUGCAACGUCCGAAAAAGGGAAAAUUCAAAAAAGACAAUACACAAAAACGAAAAAAAUUGAGGCUGACGUUCAUGACAUUUAUGCUCUCGGUCAAGGAAUUAAAGAAUAAAUUCUCGCUUCCAAAAUCACGAUGACGUUCAAGCUAAGAUACAAAAUAUUAAAAAUCUAUAUUUAAUUAUAUUAAAAUCUAUAUUUAAUUAUAUUUAAAUAUAUAUUAAAAUUCAGACUAUUUAAAUUAGAAAAAUAUUUUUCUCUAA